CAGUCUCCACAGUGCCUUUGACCUCCAGAGGAGGAGACGAUAAAACCCAGAGGCCACCUUCCUCCUGUCAGGCUAGUGUGGGGAGCACCCGUGUUCUGCAGGAGGGGACUCCAGGGGCCGGGACGAUGGCAGCACUACAGGAGAAAAAGUCAUGCAGCCAGCGGAUGGAGGAGUUCCAGCGCUACUGCUGGAACCCAGACACGGGGCAGAUGCUGGGCCGGACACUGUCCCGGUGGGUGUGGAUCAGCCUCUACUACGUAGCCUUCUACGUGGUGAUGACUGGAAUCUUUGCCCUGUGCAUUUACACGCUGAUGUGCACACUUGACCCAUACACGCCUGACUACCAAGACCAGCUAAAAUCACCAGGGGUGACCUUGAGGCCCGAUGUCUAUGGGGAGAAAGGCCUGGACAUUUCCUACAACGUCUCUGACAACAGGACCUGGGUAGACCUUGUGAACAUCCUCCACAACUUCUUGGAAGGCUACUCGCCCACAUCCCAGGAGGACAAUAUCAACUGUACCUCUGAGAAGUACUUCUUUCAGGACGUUUUUGGGGCCCCAAAUCACACCAAGUUCUCCUGCAAGUUCAUGGCAGACAUGCUGCAAAACUGCUCAGGCCUGACAGACCCCAACUUCGGCUUUGCAGAAGGAAAGCCGUGUUUUAUUAUUAAAAUGAACAGGAUCGUGAACUUCCUCCCCAGCAACAGCACAGCGCCCAGGGCCGACUGCACCUUCUUGGACCAGCACAAGGAUGACCGGCCCCUGCAGGUGGAAUAUUACCCACCCAACGGUACCUUCAGCCUUCGCUAUUUCCCUUACUACGGGAAAAAGGCGCAGCCCCACUACAGCAACCCUCUGGUCGCCGCGAAGCUUCUCAAUGUCCCCAGAAACACGGAAGUCCUCAUUGUGUGCAAGAUCCUGGCAGAUUAUGUGACCUUUGACAACCCCCAUGACCCCUAUGAAGGGAAAGUGGAGUUCAAGCUCACCAUUCAGCAGUAGAGAGCAAGGAGGCUGCACCCUGGCUGCCCACCCCCCUGCCAUCCCUGUACUCCUCCUAGCUGCCCGUCGCCCCCCACCCCCCAUCCCCCAGCUGCCCAUCACCCCCCACCCCCCAGCUGCCCACCACCCCCUGCCCUCUGCAUUCUUCCUAGCUGCCCGCUGCCCCCUGCACCCCCCCACACCCCCACCAGGCCUCUAAACGCCCGGGAACUGCAGGCAGCUGUGCACUAGGCACCUAGUGUGACAAUCAACAGCCUCUCGCUCAGUCUUUUCUGCUCUUUGACCCAGAAUCAGUAGCUACGAUAAAAACACUAGGCCAAUGUGGCGACCCUGAGGCAGCAGCAGACUUCAUGUUCCUCACUAUUCCCUAGUCUUUUUAACUUCAAUGACAUCCCAGUCCCCGUGUCUACGUGAAGACUGCUCCCACUCCCAUAGAAACACUACUUAUCAGGCAUUCUGAAGGCUUGCUCUUAAAGAACAGAAUUCCCAAACUGUAAAACUAAAACACAUUAAAGGUACUAUGUUAAACAA